CCAGACCCCACGUGGAGCUGGCGCUGGGUCCAUUGAUCCUUUGGCCAAGCCUUUGCAAAGGAGGGAGGGCAGGCUUUUGCAAAAAGGGGGGGAUCAAAAAAGGGGGAUCGCAGAGUAAAAUUUAAAAAUAAAAAAGGGGGGGAUCGAGGAGGAGGCCCCCUCCCUGACCCUCCCAGAAACCUCUUUGGAUCCCCCCUCCUUUCCUGAAUUUGGGAGGGCGAGAGUUUGCCAGACCAAGAGGAACUGAAGUGACCAAACGGAAAUUGCAGUCCUAUGGUUUUGUUCCAAGGAUGUUCCCCCAAAACCGGCCUCCGGCUCACCUGCCGGCGCCACCUGUCGCCACCGCCGCCGCCGCUGUGGCUGCUGCAGCCGCCGCCGCUGCCAGUGUCGUUUCAACCACGCCACAGUCCUUGAAGCUGACUUACCCGGAGAUCCUGGACCGGAUCAAAGAGGAGUUCCAGUUUUUGCAAAACCAGUAUCACAGCUUAAAGCUGGAGUGCGAGAAAUUGGCGACGGAAAAAACGGAAAUCCAGCGCCAUUAUGUCAUGUAUUACGAAAUGUCCUAUGGGCUGAACAUUGAAAUGCACAAACAGACGGAGAUUGCCAAGCGACUCAACGUCAUCUGCGCCCAGCUCAUCCCUUUCCUCUCCCAGGAGCAUCAGCAGCAAGUGGUCCAGGCGGUGGAACGAGCGAAGCAGGUGACUAUGGCCGAACUGAACGUGGCGAUUGGGCAUCAGCUGCAGGCGCAGCAUCUUUCGCACCAUGCGCCCCCCAUCCCGCUGACCCCUCACCCCUCCGGCCUCCAGUCGGCCAGUCUGGCCACCUUUGGCGGAGCUUCAGGGCUUCUGGCCCUCUCCGGGGCAUUGGGUGCCCAGGCACAGCUGGUGGCAAAGGAUGAGCGAGGAGGGCUUCUGGACUCGGAUCACAGAGAGAGAGACCCGGGGCCCAGUUCCUUAGUGCUAUCGAAUGGCGAAAGGAUGCGCGCCAUUUCGGAGUAUCUGAACAGCAGCAAAAAGCGGAAAACGGAGGAGAAAGAGUAUGGCACCGACUACGGGAGUGAUGGAGACAAGAGUGAAGACAACUUGGUGGUCGAUGAGGACCCUUCUUCUCCGCACAGCGUCCACUCUUUCUCAUCUCGGGAGAACGGGGUCGAGAAGGUCCCUCUCCAGAGGAAAGAGAUGGCACCCCUGAGCCCAACCUCCAUGGCUUCGUCCGGCAGCGCCUCCCCACCCCGCUCCACCAAGGAUGUGAUCACGGUGGAGAAAGCGGUAACUCCCGGACUGAAAUCAAACACUCCAACUUCACAAGGCGAAGGUCCAACAGCGGGAUCUUCCGGUAGCGGCAGCAGCAGCAACAACAGCACGCCGCAGUUUCGUCCGGCGGUCGCAAAACAGAUGGUGGAAUCGCUCGCCUUGAGCCUCCGAAAUCCUCUCUCCGUCCAGAGCUCCUACCAGGCUGCUUUCAAUGUGGCCCAUGCGUCAGUCAAUGGUGAAAUGGCAGGUGCCAGUGCCUAUGCCAGCCUGCACCUCAUGAGUCCACAACUCAAUGGGGCAGCGGUUGUGGGCACCACUGGUUACGGGCGUUCCCCCCUGGUUGCCUAUGAUCCUCACUCUCACCUGCGGGUCCCAGCGCUCUCGGCAGGGAUGCAGACGGGGGUGCCUUCAGCAAAACCGGCAUAUUCCUUCCACGUGAGUGCAGACGGGCAAAUGCAGCCGGUCCCUUUCCCACCCGAUGCCCUGAUUGGCUCGGGUAUCCCUCGUCAUGCCCGCCAGCUCCACACGCUGACCCAUGGUGAGGUGGUGUGUGCCGUUACCAUCAGCAACUCGACCCAGCAUGUCUACACGGGUGGAAAAGGCUGCGUGAAGGUCUGGGACGUGGGGCAGCCGGGCACCAAGACCCCUGUUGCCCAACUGGACUGCUUGAAUCGAGAGAAUUACAUCCGUUCUUGCAAGCUUCUUCCCGACAGCCGCAGCCUAAUUGUGGGUGGGGAGGCCAGUACCCUUUCCAUUUGGGAUCUGGCAGCUCCCACCCCACGGAUCAAGGCGGAACUGACCUCUUCGGCCCCAGCUUGCUACGCUUUGGCCAUCAGUCCGGAUGCCAAAGUCUGCUUUUCCUGUUGCAGUGACGGCAACAUCGUGGUGUGGGAUCUCCAGAACCAGACACUUGUGAGGCAGUUCCAGGGUCACACCGACGGAGCCAGCUGUAUUGAUAUCUCCAACGAUGGCACCAAACUCUGGACGGGGGGCUUGGACAAUACCGUUCGGUGUUGGGACCUGCGGGAAGGACGGCAGCUUCAGCAACACGACUUCAGCUCACAGAUCUUCUCCCUCGGUUACUGCCCCACAGGUGAGUGGCUGGCGGUUGGUAUGGAGAGCAGCAAUGUUGAGAUCUUGCAUGUGACCAAGCCUGAGAAGUACCAGCUUCACCUCCACGAGAGUUGCGUUCUCUCCCUAAAGUUCGCCUCCUGUGGGAAAUGGUUCGUAAGCACUGGGAAGGACAAUUUAUUGAAUGCCUGGAGGACACCCUAUGGAGCCAGUAUCUUCCAGUCAAAGGAGUCCUCUUCCGUCCUCAGUUGUGAUGUUUCUACGGAUGACCAGUUCAUUGUCACCGGCUCCGGGGACAAGAAGGCCUCUGUCUACGAAGUCAUGUACUGAGCAGCUGGAUUGGCACCCAGGUCAAAACCGAAUCUGGGCGAAGGGACUUGAAAAACUUCCCCUUUGCAACACCCUCCACCCCCAGGUUUCUUUUCAGCCAAAGAAUCCAUACAAUCAGAAGCAAAAACCAUUGCAAAGAAGGUUGGAAGUGUUUUCUUCAGAGGCCUGCUUCUCAUUUUUGCUAACCGAGGGAAGGGGGGGAUUGCCGAAGGAAGAGAGGACUCUUGACUGCUCCUCCGUUGUAUUUUUUCCCCAGGGCGAGGGGAGCGGAGGCUUUGUCUCUUUGGCGUGGGCGUGUGUGCGUGUGUGUGCGUGUACAAAUCUUAAACUCCUCAAAGCAGUUUUUCAUGUGGUUUUCUUUUCUUUUCUUUUUUGUAAUCUUUAAAUAAAAAGUACAGGGGGUGUCCGGCAUUGGCACCGUCCUGA